CCUACUCCUUUUCCUUCCUCCUUCCACCUGUUUUCUCCUCCCAUUUGUGCAUCAAAGCACAUACCAGCCACCCUAUCGGCUAUCACCACCGCAAUCCGCCACUCUCUCCACCUUUCAAACAAUGAGAUCCGCCGCCUUAUACUACACUGGAUGUGAGGAUGAUCAGUACCAGCCCCAUUUUCUUGAUUCGUGCUCUCUUUGCCGCAGAACACUGAACCAUAACAGGGACAUUUUCAUGUACAGAGGGAACACACCAUUUUGCAGCCAAGAGUGCAGACAAGAACAAAUUGAGAUAGAUGAGGCCAUUGAGAAGAAAUGGAAGCUCUCUUCUUCAAAGAAAUCAAAUUCUGUGAGAAAAACUACUGAUUCUGCUAAAGAAACUGACACCAAGAAAGCUGUGAGGACAGGGACGGUUGCUGUUUCUUGAUACAAGAUCAAGAAAAUUACUCUUGAAAUCUUGAUUUUACCAAGGCCUCUUUCUUAUGCAGCAAAAAUAAUGAAGAUUUUUCACAAUCUGUAAAGAAAUGAUGGGUACAGGAAGGGAAGAAGAUCCAUCACCCAAUUUUGAUUAUUUUCUUGUAUUGUUUUAUCUUUUAUUUUUCAGUUCCCAAGUGCGAUUUCAGUGUGUCGUCCAUUACGGGGCAUAAAUAUUGUAUUCAUGAUAUAUAAAUGUUUCUAAUUAAUGAUAAACCUUAGAAUUAAGGUUUUGAUUAAUCUAUAUUCUGAGUUUUGGAAUA